CUACUAGCCACGUCCCCUUCCUCUUCAGGAUCUACUACCGGUUAGUUCCUGCAGCGGAUAUGUGAUGCAACCAGAUGACAAACUCCCACCUACUGGGCCUCCCUAAUGUACUUAUUUUGAAGCCAGGGUGCCAGCCGCGUCACCCCACCUGAACCUUGUUGUUGACUGGAUUGAUCUGUAAAUGGCCACCGCGGCUCCCCCUCCAGCCUCUGGCUCUUCCGCGGCAACUGAAAACACAAACCCCGGAUCCAGCAGCUCGACUGCGGCCGACAGUGGCAACCAGGACAGCACUUUUGAGUGUAAUAUAUGUCUGGACACAGCUAAGGAUGCGGUCAUCAGCCUGUGUGGACACCUCUUCUGUUGGCCUUGCUUGCAUCAGUGGUUGGAGACAAGACCCAACAGGCAAGUCUGUCCCGUGUGUAAAGCUGGCAUCAGCCGGGACAAAGUUAUCCCCUUAUAUGGGCGUGGAAGCACAGGUCAACAAGACCCCAGAGAAAGAACGCCCCCGCGACCACAAGGGCAGAGACCUGAGCCAGAAAACCGUGGCGGUUUUCAAGGCUUCGGCUUUGGAGAUGGAGGUUUCCAAAUGUCUUUUGGAAUCGGUGCCUUUCCAUUUGGUAUUUUUGCUACAGCUUUUAACAUCAAUGAUGGAAGACCUCCACCAGCAGCUCCUGGGACACCACAGCACAUGGACGAACAGUUUCUGUCUCGACUCUUCCUGUUUGUCGCUCUGGUAAUCAUGUUUUGGCUGCUGAUUGCAUAAAAGGAAAGGAAGGACAGGUUGACCCAAAAUACAUCAUCACAGUGUGCACCAAUCUGCAUCUGCCUUUAAAUUUUUUUUCCUGUCCUUGACACGAAGACAUAAGAUUUAUUUUUUAAAAAAGCUUCCUGUGGUAAUGCCAGAAUAACAGUUUAAAGGUGGACCGAAUGCUUUUUGUACACCUGAGCUGUUUUCACACAUGAUGCACAUGUGAAAAAUUCCCAGCAGCCUGCCCCUGAAGUCUUCCUCGGUUCUGUGCAUGUGUGCAAGUACCAUGACGUGUUUGGUAUGCAGAAUACCUAAACUCUUCCUUAUGUUUUCUUUAUCUACACCUGAUUAGAAGAGAUCAGUGUUGAGCUUGGUCAUGUCACAUUUUAGCUUCUGUUUGAACAGUUUUAUUAUUUCUGGUGAAAUAUAUAAGAGCCUGUGUCCAUAGCUGGCUUUUUUAGCAUGACAGCUAGAGAUGUGUGCGGUUAAAAGGUUUAAUUUGUUCAUCAAAUUAGCCAGCGCAAGAUUUAUGAGUCAGUUAAACUAGUUGCCUAUCAUUUUUUAUAAACGCAGGCUUGUAAUCCCAAUCUAUAAUACUCUUUUAAACUGUAAUAAUGUCCCACCACUAGAGGCCGCUGAAGCAUCAGUGAAUGGCCACUCCAUCCUCUUCCAAUGGCUUUCCCAUGGCACUUCACCAGACAUAAAUAUGAUUAGCUCGGUGGUGGCUUAGCGGUUAGCGUGUAGUAGGAACAGCGGAGUAUGAUAGUUUAAGUAGUAAAUGGAACUAAAGCAGUAUGAAAGCUGUCGAGGGUUGAAGUUGUGUCUAGCUACUCAGCCAAAGUGACAAGUGGCCACAUAGCAACGCCUGGUGUUAAUUUGCUAAGAGAGACAAAGGCUGGCGGCGCUAAAUUUUAAUGUUAAUGUUAGCCACGCUGUAGCGAGUAUAUCAGGCUCAAACACUUGCCGACACAAUGACCCUGUGAGGAAUUUGUCUGUUUUCUAAGGAUUUUCCCCUCUUUAGACUAGUCGGUUAAACGAAAUUUAAAUUAGUGAUUAGCCUUACUGGCGGUGCUUAUUUUAAAUUCACAACCAAUGUCAUCUAGUGUCCUGAGUGUUCAGCGCCAUGGGCGGACAAAGAGCCCUCAGUAUCAACUGUUUUUGUUGCUUCAAGCGCUCCUGGUUGAAUACUGUUGACCUUUUUGAACAGUGCUGCACUUCUCCCUCACUUGCAAAUAAAAGUCAAGAAGGGGUGGGACUUGACAGUAGUGGGAGAGAAACCGAUCUGACUCGUCUUUCCUCAUCUUUUUUCAAGGGUAGUUUUCAGGUCUGCAGCUGCUGCCCAAUUCCUUUGCAUUGUCUGCAUGUCUUCUGUGUGAUAUUUACUUGGAAUAGGGCAAUAUGAAGCUCAUAGAGAUAUUUUAAAACAUUAGAUUCUACGCAGGAAAGUAGGAUUUAUUUUUGUAACUUAACAACAAAAAACGUUGACGAGAAGUGCUCUGGGAUUGAGGGCCUGAACGCUGCCGGGGCAAAAAAAGUCGGCUAUUGACAUGCAGCCAUAAUCCUGCUAAACAAGAAAAGACUAUGAAUGCUGUGUGCUAUUUACUAAAGGGGUUCCUGAACUUUCAAGCUAACAACCCCCAAAAUAACAAUGCCAGAUACUGGGGUUCCUACUGUACCUGGAGGUGGUUGGAGCAUUAAAGUGUACCGUGUGCAAAUUGGUAUUUUGACCAUUCUUACACAUUACUUUCUUACAGCAUAAAUUCCUCUUACUAACUGUUUUUAUUUUAAAAGUAAAUCAUUGUAUGUACAUAUUUCUACAAAAACGGGUACUAUAUGCCAUUUGGAAUCCUUUAUUUUUUUUCUAAGCACCCCAUGACUGCUACUUUGGGUUCUAGAUCCGAAUGAACUUCUUUAUUGAAGUCAUUAAAAAAGCACAACUGGUACUAAAACAGUAGAUAAGUUUUCUAUAUUAAGCUUGUCCAAUAAAACACCAUUUAUUUCACAUCUCUCAUCUGGGCCUUUCCUUUUGUUACUUGUCAGUGGAAAGGCCUUUUUAUGCUACCCUACAUAUUUUAACACUUUGUUGCAAACAUCUUACAAAGGUAAAAAAAAAAAAAAAAAACAUUACUAGCAUGUGCUUCUUUUUGUUCACUAAAAUGCUAAGAUUUUUUUUUCUUAUGCUUGUUUUAUUUCACAGUAUAUGAUUUUAUAAAGUGUGCAGCUCGUCUGCAAAUUAAGAAGAAAUCCCACACAAAUCAACCAAUGUCAUACAUUGUCUUUAUUUUACAGAAAAUGAAACUUUCUCGUUUGCAUGUUAGCAGAUCUAAGAUGACUUAUUAAACAGUGUUGCUUUCCAAUUUGGAAAUUCUUUAAUUUCUGUGUUUUACUGUAAUUAAAAUCUAAAAUACUGUAGAUAACUAUAUAGUUAAGAAAUGAGUGGUGGUUUGUUAAGCCACUUUUCUAUGUGUGAAUUCACUCUAUUGACAGUGAAGCCAUGUAAAUAAAGAUGCUCAGAGUC